UUCUAAUCUUUCUCUCAAACAAACUGGGCUGCUUGCUGGCUGGCAACCUGAGGCAGAGGAAGAUUACUCUACCAUGGUUGCUCCUGCAAUGAGUAAUCCUUCAUCUUUUUCACUGCAUGGGCUGAAUCCAUAUGGCCCUGUAAGGAGGUUUUUAGCCUCUGUUGUUGCUCCCCUGAGAAGACCAUCCAAGAUGGUGUCCACAGAGAAUGAUGGGGGCAGGGACAGAGAGAGGAGGAAUGGUGAAAAGUUUGAUCCCUCUGCAAUGCCACCUUUUACAAUAGCAGAUAUCAGAGCAGCCAUUCCUAAGCAUUGUUGGGUGAAGAACAGCUGGAGGUCUUUGAGCUAUUUUGCUACAGAUGUGAUGGUGGUUAUAAUCUUGGCAGGGCUUGCUGUCUAUUUUAAUAGUUGGGCUGUUUGGCCCUUGUAUUGGUUUGCUCAGGGGACUAUGUUUUGGGCACUCUUUGUGAUUGGGCAUGAUUGUGGUCAUGGAAGUUUUUCUGACAGCAAGGACCUGAAUUCCACCAUUGGACAUUUGACUCACUCUUUUAUUCUGGUGCCUUACAAUGGAUGGAGAAUAAGUCACAGAACCCAUCACCAGAACCAUGGCCAUGUGGAGAAGGAUGAAUCCUGGCAUCCGGUUACAGAGAAGAUGUAUAAGAAUUUGAAGCCGGAAACUCGAAUGAUGCGAUUUGCUCUUCCAGGGGCACUGUUUGUAUAUCCUUUUUACCUGUGGUGGAGGAGUCCUGGUAAGACUGGCUCGCAUUACAAUCCUGACUCUGAUCUCUUUGCUCCAGAAGAGAAAAUUGACGUUCUUAUCUCGACCUUAUGCUGGAUUGCUAUGGCUUCAUUGCUACUUGCCUUUGCUAUCAUCAUGAAUCCUGGAUGGGUUAUCAACCUCUAUGUUGUUCCCUACUGGAUUUUUGUGAUGUGGCUAGAUCUUGUGACAUACUUACAUCACCACGGUCAUGAUCAGCGAGUGCCUUGGUACAGGGGAACGGAAUGGAGCUAUCUCAGGGGAGCUCUGUCUACCAUUGAUCGUGACUAUGGCGUGUUCAACAAAAUUCAUCAUGACAUUGGAACCCAUAUCAUACACCACUUGUUUCCUCAAAUUCCUCAUUACAACCUGGUAGAAGCGACUGAAGCAGCUAAACCUGUGCUUGGGAAGUAUUAUCGGGCUCCUCAAAAAUCGAGUCCUUUUCCCAUUGAAUUGAUCAAACCUCUGGUACAGAGCAUUUCAGAAGAUCGCUAUGUUAAAGAUGAGGGAGAUGUUGUCUUUUAUCAAUCAGAUACUAGCUUAAAAAAUCAUUGAAGAUAUAGCAAUUAUAGAUUUAAAAUCUGCAAAAAAUGCUUCAACUCUCAAGGUAUACUAAACCCUGUAUGGAUAUAUUCAGUCCUCUUUCUCCAGUUCUACAGUAUGUUUUAGGUUCCCAGCUUAGAAAUCUCUGACCGCGAGUUACAUAGUUUAUGUUAAUCUAAAUAAAGAUUCCAUCAGAACUGUACGAAGAGUAUAAGUAUGCAGAUAACUGCUAAUUGAGACACCAAAUCAAAAUCUGGUCCAUGUAGAAUUUACAUCUGUUGAUGGCAACAGUAUCAGAUGGACCUUUUGAAAAGGACUGUAAAAAGUCUUUGUGUAAAACCUAGUGACACUGGGGAAAAUCCAUUUGCAAUGGCUAUAAACAGUUCGAUAUUCAGAAAGCUCCCCACUUCUUAAAUAAAUAGUCUGUUGGUUUUUUUUAAA